AUGUCACAUGAAAUCUGUACACUGGCCAUUGCUGAUUCUGUCUGUAAAUGUGUUCUGGAUCAGUACUGUCAUUGGUUAUGUACCGUUAUAUUUACUGCUGUAUAUAACGAAUUAAAGCUGAAAUAUGGGACCGAUGCAGCGAUAGAUAGAUACUGCUCCGAACUGACAAUCAACAUCUUUAAGUGUGUAUAUAUGAACGCCGUAGAAUUACUUGGUGGCCAAGAACCGCUACAUGCGAACUGGUCGAAAAGCGAUCGUAACGUGCAUAUUGCCUUACUGCGUGCUUCAUCUACAACCUUUAAAAAAUCAAUUUCUUGUGAAUGUAUUCAAUCCUUGGCACAUCUCAUUGAUCAAGAGUCAACGCUGUAUCAUCAUUCAGAACUUGAUGAUGACUGUGCACAAGAAUUUUGUUAUGUGCUUUUGGAAGACGAUAAAGAAAAGCUUUCACAAGAGCUAACAUCUGUAUUACAGAACUUUGCAGAAGAACUCUGGAUUCAUAUUUUAGCCUUAGUUCUGGCUGAUGUUAUGCUGAAAAAACAAGGAUCCGCAUUACAGGAACAGUUUUUCGGGAUUAAACUAACUUCAUCGGCUCAGGAAAACGUUCAGAAAGCAAAAAUAAAUUCUUUCCCUUCUAUAGAUGAUUACAGCAGCCUUGAUGAAAGUAGUUGCAGUGUGUCAUCUGAUGAAUUUGCAAAUGAAUACACUUUAUUGGACAAUGAAAAACAGAGUUUACAUCUCUACAUGAAGCAACAACUUCAUGGAAGAAAGAUGAGUCCGCCACUGAUACUUUAUGAAGUGGAUCCGAAUAGAGAUAUUUACACGAAUCCAUUUAUUGGCGUCUGCGAAACUAAAAAGCAAACUAGACCGGUAUCUAGAGAGAGUUCUGUUUCUGAAUUUUCAGAAACAGAUUGGAAUACCGAACAACAGCUCGAUUCAGAAUGGUCUCAUAGCGAAAAUUUCUAUAUGGAAAAAUCCACUUCCAUUUCAAUGGAACAGUUAAGAAAUGAUGAAAGGACACAAAACAAUGAAGUGAUGAAAUACAUAGAACAAAUCAUCAAAGAGGCCGAAUGUGCUGCGUCGGAUGAAGAAACACUGCAAACAAUUCAGGUGAAAACUUUCGGCCAAGAAAAACAUAUGUAUAAUCCAGAAUUCGAUCUGACGACUAGUUUAGAGGAAUGGUCAUCUUCUACAUUAAAAGCGAUGAUAAAUCACGCAACGUCCAUCUUUGACAGUGAAAUGAAAUUGGAACAACUUAUGGAAACAGACUUGGUAUGUUCAGACUGGAGAUCUUUAAAUGAAACAUUGAAGUCUAAAAACAGUAUACACAGCCAGAUGACGAAUGAAAAUGGAAGAAAGAAUAUAUUAGUUGGAAAGGAGCAAAGUUUAUCCCAUUCUGAAUUUCUCUCAAAUUCAACAACCAAAAUUGCAAACAAUUUUAAUGAAUUUGAAGAGAACAAUGUGAAAAAUGCAUUGUCCUCUCCUAAUCAGAUUCACAAAAUUCACGGUAAACAAAUGUCUUUAGAAUCUAGCUUUUCAUCUACAGUCGAGAAUAGAGCCUCGAACGUGCCAGAAAUGGAAGUCCAAGAUACGGAAGAACCAAUUUGGCAAUUCAAUGACUUUAAAGAACAAAAAUUCGAAAGUUGCUGUAAAUUUGAUAAACUACAUAACACUGAGGAAAUUGUAACGCAGUUUGCUAUUGAUAAAAACGUCAUAUGCGAAGACAAUUCGGGAGAUCUAUUCAGUUACACUUUAGAUGAACGACAUGCGAUGUUUAACAAGCAGAAAUCAAAUUCGGCCUCGAUCAUGAAAUUUGAUGAGACCAACUCCAAUGCUUCGAGUGUUCUAGAUAAGACAUAUCCUGGAUUCGAUAUGGUAAUAAAAAAGGAGAAGACUGAGGAAGAACAAUCAUUCACAAUGGAGGAACGGGAGUGGAAUGAAUUUGCAAACGAAGAAAUUGGUACAAAAUUCGAAAAUCAAGGAAUGCAUUUAAAGAAAUUCGAAAAGAUUGGAACAAAUUCUAAUGGAUUAACAAUGGCAAAAAUAACAAAACUUCAAGACCAGAAAAAACAUGAGCUGCGACAGAAAAACUUGGAGAAUUAUGGAGACUAUGGGCUGUCAUACUCGAUAAGUAAAACAAAACAUGACGAAAUAAAAUAUGAUUUAACAGAAGGAUGGGAAACUGAAGGUGAAGCACACCAAAACGAUAAUCUCAUAGGGCAAAAAAGAGACAGUGAGAAUAAAGCAUCGGAAGCUCCAGAUUCAUUCAUAAUGAUUAAUACUGUUGAUAUUUAUCGAACACUUAGAAGUAGAAAGGAUGAAGUAAACAAACUGAAAUUUUUUGAAGAAUCGACUGCGAAAGAGCAAGAAGUCGUAAAUGUUAUAGGUACGGCUAAGGGUACCAUGCAAGCAGACACAAAAGUUGAAAAUUCUAUUAAAAACAAAGAUUCAAUAUUAGAAUCUGAAUUAUUAAGGAUGAGCGAAAAAAUAUCAAAGAAAGAUCCUGCAACAUCAGAACUUGAAAAUGCAUCUCUAGUUGACGAUGGUUUUGAAAGAGCUCUGGACCAAAACCUAGAAAUCAAUAUUGAGGAAAUGCAAGACAAUAAAAGCACCAACACAAGAAACAGAUCAACAUCUAAGGUGAGGGAAGAAAAUGAAGCUGAUGACUUGGUGUUUGAACUUCAUUUAAAUAGAAGCCUUGGACAGCAGAAUUUUGGUAAAAAAAUAGAAGAAACUGAAAUUGGGACUAGGUCGACUUAUCACUCAACAUCUGCAUAUAAUGUUACCUUAACUUUUGAGGAUAAGUCGUUAAGCGGUCCCCUCAGUGACAAUGCUGGUAACUUUGGAAAGGAAAUAUUCUCUUCAAGAGACUUUAAGGAAUCCAAAUCAAAUGGAAAUGAACUGCGGAACCAUCAGAUUGCUGAUAAAAUAGCAUCUCCUCAACAGUAUCCAACUGAAACAUAUCUUUUAGAUUCCCCGCUCCAUGAACCAAGUUAUGACCAACAAAAAAUCGAUUGUGUGCACUCACUAAUGAGUAAUACUAUUCAUUCUCGUGUCUGUACAUAUGAACUGGAUGCAACGAACAAUGCAAAAUCGUCAACGUUUAAGCCAGACAUGACUGUAUCCGCCGCUUGUGUUUGUUCGAAUGCUUUAAAAGGGAAAGUAAUUGCCGAUAACAGCGGACAAUCAUAUAUGAAAAACGAAGUGCGAGGCGGAGAACUAUAUGAACAGCAGCAAUUUGGAACUAGAGCCUCAUACCAGAAUACAGAAGGAAGUAAUAGCAAUGAGGAUUCAGAAUCUCAUGUCCGUUUUUUUGAAACCAUCGGAGUGGGUAUAAUCGCUGAGAACACCAACAUUAAGGUGAAGCCGAAAACGAGAGACUUCAAAAUUAGUUAUAGUGAGGAUUCAAAGUCUCAUAAUCGCAAAUCAUUAUCAGCAGCUUCAACAAUUACUAAAUUUAACAGAACAUCCACGAAUAGAGCAAGGGAAGUGAUUGCUAAUGCUGAUCAGGAGAAACAUGGACUGGUAUUAAGAAAAAAACAAGGACAAACUGUUCAUUUCAACCAGCAGAUCAUUCAAGAAUUAAUAGCUUUAAAACAACUGCCUCAUGGAAGGAGAGAAAAGAAAGAUUCAGAUUUCACUUUAAAUGAAGUAAAAAUCAAUCAAAUUGGCAAGAUCGAGAAAUCAUUUUCUGAUACCUGCAUCAACCUACAACAGGAAACCGCAGAGAAAAGCCUGCAUAUGGGAGAGACCAAAAUGCCGCCAGCAACAGAUUUGGAACUAACCGACAGUGUUAGCAAAUGGGUCGAAGGAAAACUUUAUGUGCAAAGUAUUCAAAUUCACAACUCAACAGCUGACAAGGAAAAUCAUGUUCAAAAAACUGCUAUAAACAAAGAGUCGGAAUUUAAAUUAACUCGAGAUGAACUGGAACAUAUAGCACAUGUUUCGUACAUGGCUGAAGAAGAGUUCGGCAAAUUUCAAACAAAAUUACCUAUCGAUAAGGAUUGGGUUGAAGAAGAAGGCACAAAAUCGGGUUACGAAGAAUAUAGCGUUGAAGAAAGUGAAUCAGAGAAAUUUUCGAGAACAAGUUCUGCAACGUCAGGUCCCGAUUCUCAACAGCAAUCUGUAGAUAUGACAAUAAAUCCGAUCCAAAAUAUCUUGCCAUUUGAUGCAACCGAUAACAUGACAUUGGAUGAUAAAAAUGUUCUCACUAAAGAUAUGGAACAUGAAAUGGAUAUAACUAAUGAUAGAAUUUCCUUUGACGACGAUUCCAUUCCAGCACAUCUUCUGACUUUAUCACCAUCUGCCGACAUUACUUCUAAGAUUUUUGAUAAGACAGAAAAAAUCUGUUAUCAGUGGAAAAAUGGAACAUAUCAACACAAAUGUUAUUAG